CAGUGCGGCGCACCGAGCCCGCACCGAGCCCGCACCGAGCCCCGGCUGCGGCCACCUCCGCUCCUCCGGCUGAGGAUCCCUCUGCACGUGCCACCACCCCAGGGGACACCCCAAAGUCACCCCAAGGGACAUCCCGAGGUCCUGAGGCCACCCAGGGAAGCUCCAAGAUGAUCCCAAGGAGAGCCCAGGUCACCUGCGCCGGAAUUGCCUUCGCCCUCUGCCUCCAGCACCUCGUCAGCGCCAUCGAGGUCCCCCUGGACUCAAAUAUCCAGAGUGAAUUGCCGCAGCCCCCCACGAUCACCAAGCAAUCCAUCAAGGAUUACAUCGUGGAUCCCAGGGAUAACAUCUUCAUCGAAUGCGAAGCCAAAGGCAACCCCGUUCCCACCUUUUCCUGGACGCGGAACGGGAAGUUCUUCAACGUGGCCAAGGAUCCCAAGGUGUCCAUGAGGAGGAGAUCGGGGACUUUGGUCAUCGACUUCCACAGCGGGGGCCGGCCCGACGACUACGAGGGCGAGUACCAGUGCUUCGCCAGGAACGACUACGGGACGGCCCUUUCCAGCAAAAUCCACCUCCAGGUUUCCAAGUCUCCGCUGUGGCCCAAGGAAAAGGUGGAUGUGAUCGAGGUGGACGAGGGGGCCCCGCUGAGCCUGCAGUGCAAUCCCCCACCCGGCCUUCCCGAGCCCGUCAUCUUCUGGAUGAGCAGCUCCAUGGAGCCGAUCCCGCAGGACAAGCGCGUGUCCCAGGGCCACAACGGGGACCUUUACUUCUCCAACGUGCUGGCGCAGGACGCGCUGACCGACUACAGCUGCAACGCCCGCUUCCACUUCACCCACACCAUCCAGCAGAAGAACCCCUACACCCUCAAGGUCAAAACCAAGAAGUCCCAUAACGAAACGUCUUUAGGAAAUUCCCCCGCCAUGUACCGCGCCCGAGGGAUCACGGAAACCACUCCCAGCUUCAUGUAUCCCUACGGCACUUCCAGCAGCCAGAUGGUGCUCCGAGGGGUGGAUCUCCUGCUGGAAUGCAUCGCCUCUGGAGUACCAGCGCCGGACAUCAUGUGGUACAAGAAAGGCGGGGAGCUCCCGGUGGGCAAAACCAAGCUGGAGAACUUCAACAAGGCCCUGCGCAUCUCCAACGUGUCCGAGGAGGACUCCGGGGAAUAUUUCUGCCUGGCCUCCAACAAGAUGGGCAGCAUCCGCCACACGAUCUCGGUGAGAGUGAAGGCUGCUCCCUACUGGCUGGAUGAGCCGGAGAACCUGAUCCUGGCCCCCGGCGAGGACGGCAGGCUCGUGUGCCGGGCCAACGGCAACCCCAAACCGUCCAUCCAGUGGCUGGUGAACGGAGAGCCCAUCGAAGCGUCUCCCCUCAACCCGAGCCGGGAGGUGGCCGGGGACACCAUCGUGUUCCGGGACACGCAGAUCGGCAGCAGCGCCGUGUACCAGUGCAACGCGUCCAACGAGCACGGCUACCUGCUGGCCAACGCCUUCGUCAGCGUGCUGGAUGUUCCCCCCCGGAUCCUGGGCCCCCGGAACCAGCUGAUCAGGGUGAUCCAGAACAACAGGACGCGCCUGGAUUGUCCCUUUUUCGGGUCCCCCAUCCCCACCCUGCGCUGGUUUAAGAAUGGCCAGGGGAACACGCUGGAUGGAGGCAACUACAAAGCCCACGAGAACGGGAGCUUGGAGAUGUUCAUGGCUCGGAAGGAGGACCAGGGAAUCUACACCUGCGUGGCCACCAACAUCCUGGGGAAAGCUGAGGCCCAGGUCCGCCUGGAGGUCAAAGACCCCACCAGGAUCGUGAGGGGCCCCGAGGACCAGGUGGUCAAGAGGGGCACCAUGCCCCGGCUCCACUGCCGCGUCAAGCACGACCCCACGCUGCGGCUCAUGGUCACCUGGCUCAAGGACGAUGCCCCCCUGUACCUGGGCAGCAGGAUGAAGAAGGAAGAGGAUGGUCUGACGAUCUAUGGCGUGACUGAGAAGGACCAGGGCGAUUACACGUGCGUGGCCAGCACGGAGCUGGACAAGGACUUCGCCAAGGCCUAUCUCACUGUGCUGGCCAUCCCCGCUAAUCGGUUGAGAGAUUUACCCAAAGAGCGACCUGACCGGCCCCGGGACUUGGAGCUGACGGAUCUGGCCGAGAGGAGCGUGCGGCUGACGUGGAUCCCUGGCGAUGACAACAACAGCCCCAUCACAGACUACAUUGUCCAGUUUGAGGAGGACCGCUUCCAGCCGGGAAUGUGGCACAACCACUCCAGGUACCCCGGGAGCGUCAACUCGGCCGUGCUGAGCCUGUCCCCGUACGUGAAUUACCAAUUCCGGGUGAUCGCCGUCAACGACGUGGGCAGCAGCGUGCCCAGCCUGCCCUCCGAGCGCUACCAGACCAACGGGGCACGUCCUGAAAUAAAUCCAACGGGAGUUCAAGGGGCAGGGACCCAAAAAAACAACAUGGAGAUAACGUGGACCCCUCUGAACGCAACUCAGGCUUACGGGCCCAACCUCAGGUACAUCGUGAGGUGGCGGCGGCGAGACCCCCGCGGGAGCUGGUACAACGAGACCGUGCGGAGCGCGCGGCACGUGGUGUGGAACACCCCCAUCUACGUCCCCUACGAGAUCAAGGUGCAGGCCGAGAACGACUUCGGCAGAGCCCCGGAGCCCGACACCUACAUCGGAUACUCCGGGGAGGAUUAUCCCAAGGCUGCGCCCACGGAUGUCAGGAUCAGAGUCUUAAACAGCACUGCCAUAGCUCUGACCUGGACCCGGGUGCACCUGGACACCAUCCAGGGACAGCUCAAGGAGUACCGAGCCUAUUUCUGGAGAGACAGCAGCUUGCUGAAGAACCUGUGGGUCUCCAAAAAACGGCAGUUUGUGAGUUUUCCUGGAGACCGCAACCGGGGCACCGUGUCCCGGCUGUUCCCUUACAGCAACUACAAGCUGGAGAUGGUGGUCACCAACGGCCGAGGGGACGGGCCCCGCAGCGAAAUGAAGGAAUUCCCCACCCCUGAAGGAGUGCCCAGCUCCCCCAGGUACCUGCGGAUCCGACAGCCCAACCUGGAAAUCAUCAACCUGGAGUGGGAUCACCCUGAGCAUCCCAACGGGAUCAUCACGGGAUACACCCUCCGGUACCAGCCCUUUAACGGGUCGCGGACGGGCCGGACGGUGGUGGAGAACCUGUCCCCCAACCAGACGAGGUUCACCCUGCAGAGGUCAGACCCCAUCUCCCGCUAUCGCUUCGUGCUCCGCGCCCGCACCCAGGUGGGAGAGGGAGAGGCCCUGGUGGAGGAGUCGCCGGCGCUGCUGGACGAAGAGGCAACUGGGCCGCCUCCAACCACAGUGGAGGAAACCAGUCCUGAAACCAGUCCUGAAACCAGUCCUACAAUCAGUCCUACAAUCAGUCCUACAAUCAGUCCUGAAACCAGUCCUACAAUCAGUCCUACAAUCAGUCCUACAACCAUCCCAACCACCACCGACACCACAACCACCACCACCACAACCACCACCAGCACCGCCGCCAGCACCGCCGCCAGCACCAGCGCCGCUGCCGAGAGGGCUCCGGCAGCCACCACCAGGCACGAGUUGGCCGCCAAUGGAUCGUCCAUAUGGGACAUCAGAGCCAUGGCAAACAGUAACUGGGCAAACAUCACCUGGAGCCACAAUUUCUCGGCAGGAACUGACUUUGUGGUUAAGUAUAUCACCAGUAACAAGACAGAGAAAUCAAUCCCCGUUAAGGCUCAGGGCCCGUCCUCGGUGCAGCUGGCGGAUCUGACGCCGGGGAUGAUGUACAAGCUGUGGGUGUUCCCCAUAUGGUCCCACCCCAGCGAGCACUCGUACAUUACCUUUACCACCAGCUCAGCCUACACCAAGAACCAGGUGGACAUCGCCACGCAGGGCUGGUUCAUCGGCCUCAUGUGCGCCAUCGCCCUCCUGGUGCUCAUCCUCCUCAUCGUCUGCUUCAUCAAGAGGAGCCGCGGCGGGAAGUAUCCAGUGCGGGACAACAAGGACGAGCACCUCAAUCCCGAGGACAAGAACGUGGAGGACGGAUCCUUCGACUACAGCGAUGAAGACAACAAACCUCUUCCCAACAGCCAGACCUCGCUGGAUGGGACGAUAAAGCAGCAGGAGAGCGACGACAGCUUGGUGGACUACGGAGAAGGGGGCGAGGGCCAGUUCAACGAGGAUGGCUCCUUCAUCGGCCAGUACACGGUCAAGAAGGACAAAGAGGAAACCGAGGGCAAUGAGAGCUCUGAGGCCACGUCCCCCGUCAAUGCCAUUUAUUCCUUGGCAUAGCAAAAACGCCGGGAAAAACACCCACAGCCCGAGGGGUUCGGAGCGGCCGGGGGUUCCGCCGGCAGCCGCCGCCGCCGCUGCCUCCGACAGGAAAGGGAAUUGAGUGAGGACUGAAAAAAAACAAAAAAAAUAAUAGAGAAAAAAAAUUAAAAUAGCAAAAAAUACAAAAAAAAAAAAAAAAAAGAAAAAUAUUCCAAGCAACGAGGCAGCCCAGGCGGCCGCCGAUGCCAUUUAUCCUUAGCAAAUGAGCCAACGAUAGAGGACGCGCGGGGCGGGAGCCGGAGUGGGAAUCGGGGCUGAGCUGGAGCGGCUGAAGGGGAGGAGAUGCUCAAGCUGCUCCCCAGAUUUUGGGCUGCUUUCCAGUUUUGGGGUUGCUCCCCUGUUUUGGGGGUUGCUCCUCAUUUUGGGGCUGCUCCACAGUUUUGGGGUUGUUUCCCACUUGGGAAUUGCUUCCCAGUUGGGGAUUGCUUCCCACUUGGGGAUUGCUUCCCAGUUGGGGGUUGCUCCCCAGGUUUAGAGUUGCUCCCCAGUUUGGGGCUGCUCCUCAUUUUGGGGUUGCUUCCCAGUUUUGGGGUUGCUCCCCAGUUUUGGGGUUGCUCCCCAGUUUGGGGCUUCCUCAGGGCCAGUCUGGAGGGGCCCCGUGUUGGGCUCGGCUCCCCAAGGCUUUUUUUUGUUCUUUUAGGAGGGAGCUCCAACUUUUUGGGUUUAUUUUUUCCAAGAAGGUUUGGGAUCAGAGGGGAAGGGGGAAAGAAAUCAAAGAAUUUUGGGGAGGGAAGAGGGGUGAGAGGGGCCUGGGCAGAGCAAAGGCAUGGAAGGAGGAAAGGGGUGGAUUUUGGGGUAAAAACACCGGAUUAUUGAGCCGUCCAUCCUCACGGCAGCACCUUGCCCAUAACCUCUCCCAAAAAAACCCUCCUUCCUGAACAAACCUAUGCAGGGAAGAGCAGGUCCCCACCACCUCCCUCAGCACCGGGAUUUGUCCUUGCUGAGGCUGGGAAAAACCACAAGGAGCUCAUCCCCCAUUCCCACUGAGCUCCGGAGCAUCCCGGGAGGAGAAGAGGUUGUGGAGGAACUUCUGGGAUUUGUGGAAGGACAGGGAAGAGCCUCUCCCCUGCCAAGCCCAGGGUAACAGCACUGCAGAAAAGCCUUUUUAGGUUUAAAUUUGCUUUGUAGGGAUUUUGGGGGGAGCUGCCCCCCACCCCACGCCUGCUUUCUUUCCAAGGCAACUCCAUAAAUCCUAUGUAGCAAAGAGGGCCUGGAAGCAGGAGCGGGAUCAGAACAGGAUGAGGAGACCAGAAUGAUGAACAAAAAAAUUAUCCAAGUGAGCUGCUGAGGAUGAAAAAAAAACCCUGGGAUCAGGUGGAGGAAUCCCUGAAGGAUUCAGGGCCACACCACAAGGAAUGAACACUGGACUGGAAUCCACACUUCCAGGGCACCGGGAUGAGCCGGACAGACGCUGUUUUUCCCACUAAACCCCCUCCUCCUUUCUGACAGUGGCCUUUCCCCCCUCCAGCACUCAGCCAAGCCACCGUGGGACCCCCAUCCCGCCUGGAGACUCCCAGGAUUUCAGCGACCCCCCCUGAGCUCUCCCUCACAUGCCUUACACAGCUUGGGACUUGCCGGGGAGUCACUCCAAGGAUGCUCUUCCCACUCCGCUUCCGCGCCCCCGACGGCCUUGGAUCUGCCCGAGCAGUAGGAAUGGGGUAUCUGGGAGCGUUCCCAGCUCUCCCAGCAUGGAUCAGGGUAGAAGGCAGGGAUUCCUAACGGACUGUGUCCCAUGAAUCCUCCCACUUCCUGCACUUUUGAAACCAAAGGUACCUAUGCGAAGAGUGAGAGAUUGGGUUUCUUUCUGAAAAUAUGGAUUUUUGGACGGAUUUUCUUUUUGUUUCUUUCUUUUUUUUUUUUUUUUUUUUUUUUUUUUCUGAGGAGGAUGGAGGUUUUUUUGGAUGGGAUGCAAUGGGAUUCACGCAGUCAUUCUUUCUGCUCUGGAGACACGUCGGUGACAGGGAUACUCCCACUGCUAUGGAUUGUGGAGAGGGACUUUGCCACAUCCCAAUGGAUCGUGGGAAGAGCCCGGACCGGGCCGACAGGAGAGAUGGAUGCAAAUUAAUCCAAUGCAAAUGCCUUCCUUAAAAUAAUAAUUAUCAUUUA